AUGGCCCCUUCCCCUCCCCCUUCCACCUCGCCGAUCACCCCCACGGCGACCGUAACCACCACUGCUUCCCCCUCAAAUCCGGCCUCCUACAGCCCCUCGCAGCCCCUCCUGACACUAGAUCCAUGCUCUCCCAACUCCGACCCAUCCCGAGAACCCCCGAUCUGCUCGCCACACCAGUCGUCGCGCCCCCAAUCGCCUCCACCCCCGCCGCCUCCCCCCGGCGUUCUCGACUCCAAUCCAUCGCCGUCCUCCCAGAUCCCGCCCUUGGACCCACUUUUCCUCAACGUGCAGGAGCCAACUCGCUACUGCCCAGCUCCAAAUGGGUCCGAUUCGCCUUUACUCUGCCCUCACCCCAAGCCAACCACCGCGCUGGGCGAAUUCUAUCGCCGGUCAAAUCCAUCCUCAAGCCAGCAUUCACUGUUGUUCGCUCCACCUCGACCGACCACCACUCCCAAGUUGCAAAGGCGAAACAUCCACUCCUCACAGCCUCUGAGGCCUCCGACCGCGCAGUCAAGCUGUGGGAACCUCGCUCCUAGUGGCAUAUCUGGGAGGAGCGCAAGGAAGACCCAGAUGGAUGGAGAACGGUGCAUCCAAGAUAUUGGUGGUGUCAAAGAGGGACCCCAUAAAGUGCAUCUCCUGUGGCUGCUCCGGGCACAAGGCCCGCUGUUGCACUGCGCUACUCUCCACCACCGCGAAGCAACUCCCAUCGCCUCCCCCGCCAUCGCCCUCAAGCGCCUCUAA